AUGGCCCCAGGGCCGUCUGGCAGGCCAUCGCGCUCAAACCAAGCAGAACACCACGGGCUCGUGGAGCCCCAGGUUCUUGUGCUGGUCCAAUGGUAUGCCGCAGCAUCGGCUAUGACCCUAAAGCCUCCACAUCCCUACCAGGGGUGGAGACGGGGGAAGCACCUGAGCAGCAUUCUCGUGCAGCCUGAGCCUCAUCCGUCGAGAGAAUGA